UGUCAGGCCACGCGCGCCUCGUUCGCGGGAUGUUUCCUCCAGUGGUCCAAUCACCGACGGCUUUGCAUCACUUAUUAUAGCCCACUAUGUCAAUCGAGCGGAUGAAGAUCAAGACACUGGCUCAGCAUGUCACUCCUCACAAGACAGCUGUACGAGCUCUUCUAGCGAUGACAAUUCUUCUCAUGUACGAGACGAAAACUAUGGGGAUAACGGCGAAAUUACGAAGAAGAGGAAGGCAAACACGAGUAGCUCAAAGAAUCAUCCUUUGAAAUUUCCUAUCCACGCCCAUCUUCUUCCCACACGCGGUCGUCAUCUCUCCGCCGUCCUCCCGAUUAUUGGGGUUGCUGACGAAUAUAAUAUCAUCCCUCUCAUGUCAAGUAUGCUUUACCAACGGCGUGUUUGGCACAUCGACCAACCAAUUAUCGGAAUUAUUUUCCAAGGGACUGGAACUGUUGGCCAAGUCUUAUUUGGUUGGCUGGAUCAUGAUUCUGGGACGAGCGGAGAUUUGCCUGGGGUCCAUAUCGCAUGUGCCAGCCCAAACUCUCAGCCUAAGGCGUCAUUAGGCAUAUUCGAUUUAACCGACCCAGUGGCCGCCAUAUCAUUGGCCCAAUUUGUGCUUGGAUUAUCGUCGUAUUUCAAGGACCUUAUCAACGCCACAUCAGUAACGUCUGUCGAUGCGGAUCCAUCCCUGCACUGGAGAUCAGAUCUCAUCGAUAUCUCCUCUGAAUCAGGAGAACAAUGGAAGGAGCGAGUUUCAAGGUGGGCAUGCGACGUACACGUGUCCACAUGCGCGAGCAGCGAUACUUCCUCUUCUCCUCCCCGUACCCCACCAUUACACGCUACACGUUCUCAGCCUAGCUGCUGGUCCCCAACUAUGUCUUCGAGAAAUCUGCAUACUAUUCACGAGGAAGGACACGAUGAACCCAGAGGCUCCAAGUCUCUUCGAAGCGGUGUCAAACGUGAUGGUACUCAAAGUGACCACAAAGUGAGCAGCGAUAAAAGCUUUUCUGCAAGUCAAUCUUCUGUUGCAAAGCACUCUGUAAGCAAAAAGUCGACAAAAAUGUUAUCAACCUCUAAAGAUAAAAGCCCCGCUGGAAAUCAGCUUUCUGUCGACAAGUACUCCGCAAGCAAAGAGUCGAAAACAAAUGUAUCAAACUCUAGUUUUGCGAUGAAGAGUGAGAAUGGCUUAGAUGAAGAAUUAUCGAUUACGAAUUGGCUUUUUGAUAGAAGAGCUCUCACGAUCGGUAGAAUCUUGUUAGCAGAUCUUGCUCAAGACCCAGAAUCGGAACACAAAGAGAUUAACGAAAAAAUCAAAUUUUACGACGAGACGACUAAAUUUUGCUGGCCAAGCAGCUGGAAAACAUUGAGUGACCUACCUGGAUCAGACCUUAGCAUUGAAGGGCAUCGUAGAAUGCUUUUUGAAAAUUAUAAUAACUAUGUUCAGGCUGGCAACGAGGUUCCAGACCUGGAGACCAAAAUCAUGGAACUCCUCUCCAGUCGGUUCUCCUCUAUGUUGUCAUCUUCCGAUGGUGCAUAUACUCGAGCUCUUGCAGCGGCGAAACGUAAUUCUAAUGAAGCUGAACGCCGCCAUGAUUGGGACAAUCUGUUACUCAAAUUUUUCACGACCUCGAAGUACACUGGUAGCACAAACCGUGAUGUGUUGCUGGAACGUGUUUUAAAUGCACCUCGAAAUAUAGCCCUUGACGCGAUGAGGACUUCUGCUGCUGAUCACGUGCGAGAGCGCUCUAAGCUAGCACGUCAAUAUGAAUCACAUUGCAGGCUAGCAGACUUCAGCGUCGCUUCUCAAGCUCUUCAGGCGCUUAACCAGUCUGCUUCAUUUGUCGAGCAAGUCAAGGGUGAUAUAGAGGCCCGCUUGCUCGAUGCCCUCGAACGUCGCACCAACCAAGAACCAACACGUGGAAAAUGUGAUGCAAUUCUAGUCGUACCCCUUGAAGGCGUCUGCGCUAAGAUCGUUAAAAUCCUUGGCCAGUCCGAAGGCAGGAAGUUCGUGAAAAAUCUUGCUUUGAUAGCACAUCCUGGUGCGGAAAAGUCGGCAUCUGGGACUGGGAAGAACGACAGAGCAAACUCGGACUCAGCUCGACAUCUGACCGUUGAGCCUCAGCCAUCAUCGGUCACGGACAACAGCAAAUCAACUUCCUAUCCCUCCUUGCACAAUGUCUUCACGGCAACUGUUCCGAGACCACCCUCCGAGUCCUCGGAAACCCUGUCGAAAGAUGUCGUUCAGCUUCAGGCAGCCCAGGACGGGGAAAUAGACAAUGAUUUAUUAUUGCCAGUCCUUACCGCGGAGUACAAGAAAAAAGAUGUUACUACGACAUUCAAGGCUUUGAACCAGUCUCGAAUGUAUACGGUUUCAGCACUGUAUUUUCUGAGAUCCUUGGGGAUCGUUGAUUUUCCGCUUUUUGGCCUAGUCACCUCUGGGUCUGAAGGAGCAGUAUCAAUGGCUUGGUACUCGUCCAAGCAACAAGUAAGUAUGUUCAUUGAUAUGCUCAUUGACAUCUUACCAUCCCUCACCAUAGAAAAUUUUUUUAAUGGAGCGGAACCUCCAGUUAUAUGACAUUUCAGACCCGCUCCAAGUUUACGAGUUUUCUGUAGUUCUUCUUCGCAUUGCUGAACAUGGUCAGAAGCUCGAAGUGAAGCUGCAAGAAAUGCUGACCAAAAUUGAUGAGCGAAGCAAAAUUGAUGAGUGAAGCAAAAUUAAAACAUCCAAGCACUGGUCUAAUUUGGCUCAGCCAAAAGAACUGUAGUAUAUCUCAAACCAUGUCUAUAGGCUUGCAUAGCAUCACUGUCACAUUUGUACAUACUCUUGUAUUUGUGGACAUGUCUGAACACCUGCAUAAAAUAUCAGAA